GAGAAACCCUAAAGAACAGUCACCUUUAGAAAUCUGAAACCUCACCGAAAACUUCUCUCUCGUUGUUGAAAAAUGGUGGUCCCUCUUACCGUUGCUCCUCCAUCUAGAGAAGGGUUUUACGCGGUUAACAACCCGUUUCUCGUAAGCGGACCAAAAGGGUUCACAGAGUUCAAGAUGCUUGAGAACGAGGACAUGUUCAUUCGGAUUGACUUUCCCGGUGUUCCACAAGACAGCAUAAAGGUUAGGAUUGACCCGACGAAGAAGGCUGUGUCUAUCACCGCCGACGCACCAAAAGAGCACAAACAUGACUCUUCUCCUCGGAACUACGGCUCCGCUACAGGUCUCGUCUGUAAAUGCUGCGAGAUCUCCGGCUUGGUCUCACACAUGUCGGACGGUGUUCUCAGGCUUCACCUCUCCAAGACCCGCGCCUCAUCACAAAGCCCUUCAUGCAUCUCGUUUCUUGGUGGCCCAGACCGAGAAGAUCGUUGUAGCACGGGUCCUCACACGUUUCCUCACGGCACGGAUCCACAUGACCCGGAGUUAACCGGUCCGUUACUGGAGCCACACCCAUGCGUGAACAUAGGUUCGGAUAUGGCCUAUGAGUGGAAGAUUCUCUCAAACGGCGGUCUAUACGUGCGUGUAGACAUGCCGGGUGUUCCCAAGGAUAGGUUCACCGUCUCCGUCGUGAACGGGAGAGUAUCGGUGACUGGUGAUGCUCCUGCCGUUGGCCUUGACUCUGGUGGCCGGUUCUACUCUGGUGAGGUGGCUAUGCUCGAAAGUCAGGUCAGUAUUCCUGGCCGUAAGAUCAAGACCAUUGCCAAGAACGGUGUGAUCCGUUUGAUCAUCCCUCCCCUCUGAUUUUAGUGAUGAAAGUCAUGAAACCAUGUAUGCUUCUGAGUUCUGAUUCGUAGUUUAGUCUUGUGGACUUCUUCUUUGAAGGUUAUGUCGUUAUUUUGAGGGAUAUUUAUGUCGCUUUAUGUUUUUAAUCAACUCUUGGAUAUGUUCCUUGGCUAAAAAAUACAAACUUACUUUAUCUAUAUUUUGAAAACUUUUAGUCUUACAGCUUUAUAAUCUCUUAAAAUUAAUUAACCACAUGGCUGCAACAUUUGAUCUGCAACACAAAUGUACGUUCUUUAAUAUAGGUAACUACAAGAACAUCGUAGCAUUUAAAUUAAAACAGCAAAUUAUAAGCUUUUUAAAUUGAUUCAUGAGAAUUUUUACAGCAAUGAAGUUUCAAAUGCAUCAAUAAUGGGUUGUUAUGUGUUAAAAAAACGUCCCAUGUAUCAUCCAACAUUUUCGACAAUUCAUCUUCCCGUUGCCUUAGCAACCUGGAUUUUUUUGUCGGAAGCACACACGAUCAGGACUUACCAGCUGACAUUUUGGAGUCAGGUCUUAGUCUUUUCUCUAUGGAUGGUGCAACAAUUAGCAAUUUGAUCCUCGUUAAGGAUCAAUCUUGAUGUUAUGGAUCCUGAGUGUUUUUAUUUUUGGGCGUUAGAACUUCAAUCCCCAUACAAUUCUUUCUCAAAUUGAAAUUUACUCUGUUUACUGAUCUUGUUUCACAAUUUCAUUGUAGCUAGUAGUCUACAAUACUGUAACGCUGAUAAGAUAGUUAUAUUAUCUAAACCUUAAAAGUGAAAACUAGAAUAUAAUAAAACUGAGACUUCAACGCUAAUUUCUCUGUUUUACCUGUUUACUAUGUUUAUUGAGAUCUAGAGCCUCGUUGUACACGCUCCAUUACAGGUAGGGAUGUUAAUAUGGGCUCAAUCUGACAGGGUUAGCCCUAACCCUGCAAACCCAUUUGUAACCCUAACCCUCAUUUUUUAAACAGGGUUUAAAUAGGGUUGGCCCUAAUAGGACCAGGGUUUAAAUUCUAACCCUUUUAUUUUGAUUCACACAACUAUUAUACAAUAUUUAAUAAUGUUUUUCAU